AUGCGAACGAAUGAUAUGAGAUCUUCCAAAAAACCUGAGAAAAGAAAAGCCACUGCACUGCUGCACUGACACCCAUUUCAAUGUAGACUCGGCGUCACCGGGAUCAUUACAAAUAACGUACAGCUAGUUGGAAACACUGCAUCGAUCUUUGUGAUGAAUUUCCACUCCUUUGGGAUAAAGUUACCCGUUUAAUCUGAAUCAGGAUAUGCAUAUGAGGGAAGAACUUUUCAGUCGUAAGGAGACACCAAUGUCUAUCCUGCAAGCGUAAAUUUGUCUCAACAGUCCCGUGAAAGUGAUGCAAAAAGACGUUGCGCGUCGUUCAAUCUUCCCAAAUUACCAGUAACCGUUUUGUGACGAACAUGACCUUCAUGUAAAUACUUUACAUUAUUUUUAUUUUAUAGGUUUAACUUUGACCAAAUCGCCAACAAUGCAGGUCCUUCUGUUUGCCACCGUUCUCUUCUGCGUGGAGGACUUCGUCCGUGCUGAGCCCAAACAGAAGUGCACGGAGCGCUGCGACGUGAGCACUUGCCCCAGCCCCAGCUGCCCGAUGGGGUACGUUCCAGACCGAUGCAACUGCUGCCUGGUAUGCGCCCAGGGCGAAGGCGAACCAUGCGGGCGCAAAGACGACCUUCCCUGCGGUGAUGGACUCGACUGCAAGCACCCGGCGGGCAAGCGUCUCGCCAAGGGGUUCUGCCAGUGUAAAUUAGUGCAUAAAGUGUGCGGCAGUGAUGGCAAUACAUAUGGGAACGUGUGUCAGCUUAAGGCGCAGAGUAGGAAGGCACUGCAACAGGGUCUGCCAGCCAUCAACUCGGUCCAGAAGGGACCAUGCAAAAUCAACCAAAACAAAGGUACUUCACACCCCACCAGUCCCAGGUAUAAGUUUAACUUCAUAGCUGACGUGGUGGAGAAGAUCGCUCCGGCUGUGGUCCACAUCGAACUCUUCCUCAGACACCCUCUGUUCGGCCGGAACGUCCCUCUGUCCAGCGGGUCAGGCUUUGUGAUGUCAGAGACUGGCCUGAUAGUGACCAAUGCCCACGUCGUGUCCAGCACCACGCCUAUGUCAGGUCAUCAGCAGCUCAAGGUUCAGAUGCACAGUGGUGACAUCUACGAGGCGACCAUCAAGGACAUCGACAAGAAGUCCGACAUCGCCACCAUAAAAGUCAACUCACUGAAAAAGCUCUCUGUGCUGUUGCUAGGCCACUCGGCCGACCUUCGACCCGGUGAGUUUGUGGUUGCGAUCGGCAGCCCCUUUGCGCUCCAGAACACGGUUACCACGGGGAUCGUGAGCACGGCCCAGAGGGACGGCAAAGAGCUGGGCAUCAGGGACUCUGACAUGGGCUAUGUACAGACGGACGCCAUCAUUAACUAUGGAAAUUCAGGUGGACCUCUCGUUAACUUGGAUGGUGAGGUGAUCGGCAUCAACACUCUCAAGGUGGCUGCUGGGAUUUCCUUCGCCAUCCCCUCUGAUAGGAUCACACGCUUCCUCAACGAAUCAAUGGACAAGCAGAGCAAAGAAGUGAGAUCACUGAAGAAGCGGUUUAUUGGAAUAAGGAUGCUCACCAUCACCUCAGCCCUGGUUGAGGAGCUGAAGCAGCAGAACCCAGACUUCCCAGAGGUCACUAGUGGGAUCUACGUUCAUGAAGUGGUUCCUCACUCUCCUGCACAGAAAGGUGGAAUCAGAGACGGCGACAUCAUCGUGAAGCUGAACGGCCGUCCGCUGCUGACCACUGCUGACCUACAGGGGGCGCUCACAGAGGAGACGACUCUGCUGUUGGAGGUCAGGAGGGGCAACGACGACCUACUCUUCAACAUCCAGCCUGAUGUCAUUAUGCAGUAAUCAUGACACAAAUGCCCACCAGUGUAUUCAAGAUUUUAAAAAAUAAUCAUCAUCUGAACGUUCUGUAACGUUGCAAUGUCACUCAUGAACAGGCCCCUUGCUGUUCAACACCGAGCCCGACGACGUCAUCGGGCAGUAACCAUGGCAACUGUGGUGUGGAAUCCGGGAGACUGAUAAAAGUAUAUGUACCACCAAACAAACAUGCUUGUUGAGAGACCUAGACACUGAUAGUUGCCCCUAAUCACUGAUCUAGGGUCAGUUGUUUGUUUCUCCCCCUAAUGGUUGAUGAUAGGAUUUGGAGGGUAAAAUAGGAUCCUAGAUCUAUGCCUAAAGGGUGACUUUUUAACCAUUCAGAUCCAAGGUGAAGACGAUCAACAAACAGAAAAACUGUGUUUGUUUGUUGGAACCUUGAUGGGGAAACGAUAGACCGACUGAACCUUGUUUGGCAAAUCUCCACAGAACUCUGGAGUCCAGAUGCAUUUAGGACUGAAAGUCCCAGUGAAACCAAACACUUGAUUUGUAUUGUUAUAUAUGUGUUUUGUAUCAUCUAAAUGUCUUUGUCAAAGCAUACGAGCUGUUACUUGAGAAUCACUUACUCCAAAUGCAAGCGAUCAUUGGUAAGACAAGUUUUAGCAUAAUAGAUGUUUCAAUUGUUACAUUGCUUUUAUGGCCUUUUAAAUCUGUUAGAAUAGAAAUCAUUUCUGUAUAUACGAGUAGCUGUGUCCAAUGUUGUCGGUUCGGAACCAUUCCCCUAACCAACUGUGAAUGUUAUUUGGUCAGUUAUAGGUUGAAAGAAAGAUCACAUUUUGGUCAGAAAUGGUCAGUUGAAAGAAAUACAUUAUUUUUCAGCUGGUAAAAUGUAAGCAAAUGUCUGAUUUGAAUCUGUUGCUGUAUUCCUGCGGUCUUCUACUAUAACCGACACGCUGGUAACACUUUACAUUAAUGUCCCCUUUAUAAAGCUGUUAUGAGUUGUUCAUAAGUAGUUUACGAUACCAACUUGUGCUUAAAGUAUGAAUAAAUAAACUCACUUUACAGGCAGUGAGUUAUAUAUUAAUCA